AUGUCGGGAGAAAAGCGACCUGCACAAGAAGCCUUUGGCUCAUCUAAUCAGCUUGUCGUCAAGCGAAAGAAGUCCGACGCCGGUCUCAAUGAUAGUACAGCCAUCGUCCAAAGCUCGUCGCAGAAUGGAGCUCUGAUACAAGCAGUUCCCCGCACCAGCGGGCUCCAAGCACCGAUCAUGGAAAUGACAGGACAUUCUGGUGAAGUCUUUGCUGUACGAUUUGACCCCACGGCACAGCACAUUGCUUCGGGUUCCAUGGAUAGAUCUAUCUUGCUUUGGAACACCUAUGGGCAGUGCGAGAAUUACGGUGCGCUAUCAGGCCACCGAGGGGCAGUUCUCGACCUCCAAUGGUCGCGCGACUCGAGGACGAUAUUUUCCGCAUCGGCCGACAUGACGCUUGCUAGCUGGGACCUAGAGACAGGGCAACGGAUUCGUCGGCAUAUCGGGCACGAGGAGAUCAUCAACUGCCUCGAUAUCAGUAAAAGAGGCCAGGAAUUGUUGGUUAGCGCGAGUGACGACGGCUGCAUAGGAAUCUGGGAUCCUCGGCAGAAGGAUGCUAUCCAAUAUUUGGAGACUGAAUUGCCUAUCACGGCGGUGGCUCUUUCGGAGGCAGGCAACGAGAUCUAUAGCGGUGGUAUCGAUAACGCCAUCCAUGCUUGGGAUUUACGAAAGAAAGGCAUUGUCUACUCUAUGGCGGGACACACGGAAACUAUCACUUCUCUUGAGAUUUCACCAGACUCGCAAACCCUUCUUUCCAAUUCGCAUGACUCGACUGUACGCACAUGGGACAUCCGGCCGUUUGCACCGACGAAUCGACACAUCAGGACCUUUGACGGCGCGCCCGUUGGUUUGGAGAAGAACCUCAUCCGGGCAAGCUGGGAUCCAAGCGGCGAGAAGAUAGCGGCAGGUAGCGGGGACAGGAGUGUUGUUGUCUGGAAUUCCAAGUCCGGCAAGAUUCUAUACAAACUUCCCGGGCAUAAGGGAACUGUCAAUGAUGUCCGAUUUUCGCCGAACAACGAGCCCAUCGUUGUCUCUGGAUCAUCCGAUCGAACACUCAUGCUUGGUGAACUGGGCAAGUGA